AUGGCACACUCCAGUCAACGUGGAAAGCUUCUGGCCGUUAUUGGCGACGAGGACACUGUAGUUGGCUUUAUGUUGGGCGGAAUUGGACAACUGAACAAGGCCAGGAAACCAAACUAUUUCAUUGUCGAUAAGAACACCACGACCAGUGAAAUUGAAGAAACCUUCAAGAACUUUGUCAGUAGAGAAGAUAUCGCUAUUGUAUUGAUCAAUCAACAUGUCGCUGAGUUGAUUCGCUUCACUGUCGACCAACACACGAGUUCUAUUCCGGCUGUUUUGGAGAUUCCAUCAAAGGAAAUGCCUUAUGAUCCAUCGAAGGUAUGUUUAAUGUUUUUUGUUGUAUUUUGGUGUUUAGGUAAUACGGAACGGCGUAUUUUGUCUUUAAAUGUUACGAAGAGUUUGUUAGUGCUUUUGACAAUCAUCUAGAACGAUUAGAGCUAUUAGUACUUGAACUUCAACAAGUUUUGGCAGUAACUAUCAUGGAUAAUAUAAUUUUUGACGUUGGUUAUUGUUUAGGUAUUUUUAGUAGGUGCCGCUGCUUUUAUGAGAUGGGGAGUAGUUGAGUAGUGCUUGUCAGAUUAAUUUAAAGUUUAGGAAUUAAGUAGUUUUUGAGUUACGGUACGUUUUCUCAACAGCUUUCAUAGUCAAUAUAAAUGAAUAUUAGCUUUUUUUUGUUUUAAAAGCUGUUUUUUGACAAUAUCUCGCUCAUUAUAUAUGAGACAUUUUUUGUAUUUCAAUUUUACACUAUUUAACGACAUUUAUUUUUCAGGAUUCGAUUCUAAACCGAGCCCGUGGUAUGUUCAAUCCAGACGAUUUCUAA